UGCUGUUGAAACCUGUGGUCAACUACUCCACGUGAACCGUAUAAUAAACCUAAAGCGGGAAGAUUUAAAAAGUCAUUCAUAAAAAUCCUGAAUCAGUUUCUCGCGUGAGCAUUUCAAAUUGUUCGCGACAUGGGAAUGUCGUUGGUGACAGUGAUCUUUAUGGUCGUCCUCAUCGUCACAACAACUGUUGCGCGGGUUCUCCCGAAGAGAAGCUUAUCUGACAAUCUUUCCGAAUCGUACGACUACGAGGAUUACUCGAGGAGCCAGGAGCGGUAUCCAGUAGAAGAAAAAAGAGCUGCCCUCCUCCUCGACAGACUGAUGGUGGCCCUUCAGAAAGCCGUUGACGGACAGGGAAUGGUUGAUUCGCGAGGUGGAAAGGAAGUGCUGAGGGCAAAGCCGAGAGUAGGAGCUUUGAUCGGGCCACAAUCUGGAGGGAGUAAAUCUGGGAUGGACCUGCAGAGACGAGGGCCCGCCAACGGCAGCGUGUACUGGCGCUGCUACUUCAACGCCGUCACAUGCUUUAAGAGGAAGUGAUAGAGUGAAAUAUAGGUGCCAAACUACGAAUUAUUUUCCUCAUCAUAAUCGGCUAUCUCGUGAAAACUCGAUGCAAUUAUGUCUGACGCGUUUUAUAAUUUAUUUUUCGAAAAAAUAAAAAUGUACAUUUCAGGGGACACACUAUCUGGUGAAUUAAGAGCGUUUAUUCUCCAUGGAAGAAUAUUAAAAUUUAUUGACAUUAUUUAAUGAUAUUAUAGAAAUAAUACUCAUUUUUGCGGGGGCACAACAGUAAUUCAACAGUCUCUCCGAUUGAAUAAUUAAUUUAUAUUAAUAACGCAGGAAUACAGAAUCGUGAAGUGUCGUGAUAUCCAUAAAUGACUGACAACUGUUAAUAUAUGUAUAAUUGGUAUAUUCUUGAAGAAAAAUAUGAGCCCAAUUAUUUACUGCA